UCUCAACCUUGCAAAAGAAACAGCAAAUGAUGGAGCUUUCAAAAAGAUACGGCGUCUUCUUGCUCCUUAUCUGUCUCUUUCUCUCACUCGCCUCACAACCUUCCCUAGCUAGGCCUUCCAGAAAACUCAAACCGUGCAAGCACAUCGUGCUUUACAUGCAUGACAUAAUCUUCAAAGGCAAUAACUCGGCCAACGCGACCGAGGCUGCUGCAACGAGUCCGGUUGGGCUUGGGCCUUUUAGCUUUGGUCAGGUGUCCAUAUUCGAUGACCCCAUGACCAAAGACCAGAACCUGCAUUCUCCCCCGGUGGCCCGGGCUCAGGGUUUCUAUUUUUACGAUAUGAAGACUGCGCCGAGCGCCUGGUUCGCCUUUACCUUGGUUUUCAACUCGACCGAGUAUAAGGGCACUAUAAACGUCAUGGGGUCCGAUUUUAUUCCGGCAAAGACUAGGUAUCUCUCGGUUGUUGGCGGAACUGGAGAUUUCUUCAUGACUAGAGGGAUUGUUGAGCUUCAGACAGGUGGUUUUGUUCUGUAUGAGUAUUUUCGAUUGAAGAUGGAUGUUAAGUUGUACGAGUGCUAUUAGGAACUAAAACAAAGUCUCUAGUCACGGGUCCUUUGGAGUUUUAGGAUUUUGGAGAACGUGCGUGACUAGGGUUUGGGAAUUUUAGGGGAUGUCUUUUCAAGUUCCAAUGUCGGUCACUAGCUAUCCAAGGUGUUGCUUGUCAAAUUGUCAUCUUCAGAUAUAUGAUGUA